AUGGAUUACGCAAUAAGCCUAGAUGGGAGAGAAACAAGGGUGACACUGAAUGAAAGGUUUGAAGCUUUGAAGGCGAGAUACCCCCCAACUCCAAAUGACCAACAUGAUCUCAGAGAUGGUAAUUUGUAUAGAGUUAUGGAUCGUGACCUAUAUCAAGCCACGAAAGAAGAGGACGUCCAUAAAUUCAUCGAUGCAUUAGAAAACGUGUUUGAGUCAAGGAAACAAGCUUUGUCGCUAAUUUUCGGCCAAGUCACCCCCUCCAGGAAUUCAUUGCUUCAUUUAACAGCAGGCUUUGGGAACCUUGAUGUCAUGAAGCUCAUUCUCCUUCAUGAUCCUAACACCGCGAACUGGGGAAACUCCUCGGGGGAUACUCCGCUCCAUGUCGCCAUCCAAGAUCAAAGGUUCGAUGCAAUAGAAAUGCUUAUUCACCUGGGAACAGACUCGGACAUUAUAUAUUGGAAGAACAAGGAUGGUAAAUCUCCAUUAUAUCUGGCAGUGGAAAAGUGCGAGUCUCGAUGGCAACCUCGCGCGGAGGCACCCUGGAAGAUUCUUCGGCUUCUCUUGCAAAAAUCCGCUCGAGAUGACGCUUACGCAGUCAAGAUACAGGGCAUGUCACCAAUUUUGGCCGCAAUCAAGAAGUGGAAUACAGAUUUAUUGAAAGAAAUUAUAGAUCGGCUCCCGAAGUUACUCCACGUGCGCGAUGAAGACGGAGGGACACCAAUGCACGCUGCAGCGUCGGUUGGAGAUGACAGCGCAAUUGGCCUCUUGCUGAAGAAAUGCCCUUCUCUCGCCCUUCAAACGGACAAUAACGGCUCCUACCCGAUUCACAUUGCUAGCGAAGCCGGCGAGUUCUCGGCAUUCGAACGGUUACUGAAGGACACGUGGCCUGACCUGGCAGAGAUCAAAAACAAAAAGGGUCAGAAUAUUCUUCACGUUGCAGCCAAGGGCGGGAACGACCGCGCGGUCGACUGCGUACUAGAAGAAUACAGCGAGUCCGAUAUCAUCGAGAAGCUGGUGAAUGCGAAAGAUGUCGAUGGAAACACACCCCUCCAUUUGGCAUCGAUGCACAACCAUUGCCAAGUUAUGCGCUCUUUGACGAAGGUCAAAAGAAUUGACUUGGAGCUUUGGAACGAUGAUGGGUUGACCGCCCUGGAUGUGGCCAUGGAAUCCAGAAGAUUGUCCACGAAAUUUCCAGCGUUACUAGGACGUGCAAUUUUGAUUGUUGCUGGUGCACGGCGAAGUGUAGAUCGAGACCCAAGAGAACAACGUUCUGGAGCGAGCAAAUCAUCUCCCGCCGAAUGGAUCAAGGAACAGGUUAAUACUUUACUGCUAGUGGCCACGCUUGUGGCCUCCGUCACGUUCACUGCGGGCUUAACCUUGCCCGGUGGAUAUAAUGCUUCCAAUGAUCCGCACCCGGGAACAGCAAUCAUGCUUUACCAUGGAGCAUUUCGGGUUUUCGUAAUUGCCAACAUGUUCGCCAUGUACAACUCCAUUCUUGUAGUUGUAGUCCUCCUCUGGAGUCCCAGCAAGGAUUUUUACGUUGCAGAAUUGGCUUAUCACUUAGCCGGGCCAUUAUUGUCAAUGGCUCUCACUAGCAUGUCAGUUGCUUUUUUUGCAGCCGUAACUGUAGGAGUGAGCAAACUUACUUGGCUGGGGAGCCUUGUUCUGUCCAUGGGAGUCCUUUUCCUCGUGAUGGUCAUAAUGGUUUUAGUAACCUUGAUAUUCCCAUUCUCCAAGUCUGCCAUGCGCAUUGUGUCCCUCUACUAUCGAGUGUUAUCUGUAGUCGCUUAG